AUGAAUCUUUUUGAAAAGUCUUCUUCAAGUUCUUCAGAUGAAGAGGAAUUUAUAGUUAUUAGAAGACCUAAAUUAUACAGAAAAAGAGUGGACUGUUUUGAAAAAUAUGACGAUUUAAAUUUCUUCCAAAGAUUUCGCCUACGAAAAACAACUGUAUUAAGUUUGUUGCAAGAAAUUGAAGAUGUGAUAAAAUUACCAACACAAAGAGGUGGAUGUAUUACACCUAUGCAGCAGCUCUUAUUAACUUUAAGAUUUUAUGCAUCAGGUAAUAUGCAAAUUGCUGUGGCUGAUUUUCUUGGUGUAUCAACAUCUUCUGCAUGCCGUAUUAUAAAAAGGGUGUCAAGAGCAUUAGCAUCUUUAAGAGCACAAUAUAUUAAAAUGUAUAGUGAUAAUAGGGAAAUGGAAAGAUCUGCCGAGAAGUUUUAUCAGAUAGCAUCGUUCCCUAGAAUCAUAGGUGCUAUAGAUUGCACGUUAAUCAAAAUAGAUUCUCCUGGUGGAAUCGAUGCAGAAAUUUUUAGAUCAAGAAAAUCAUAUUUUGCUCUAAAUGUACAGACUGUGAGCGAUGCAAGUUUGAAAAUUAGAGACAUUGUUGCAAGGUGGCCAGGAUCUGUUCAUGACCAAACUAUUUUUAAUAACAGCAAUUUACGAGACAGAUUUGAGAAUGGAGAGUUCGGUCGAUAUAUUUUAAUAGGUGACAGUGGUUAUAGUUUACGGUCUUAUCUUAUGACGAAGUUGCUCCAAACAAGAACACCAGCUGAAAAUCUGUACAAUGAGUCCAUCAUUAGAACUAGGAAUGUUGUUGAGAGGCAGUACGGAGUAUGGAAACGUCGUUUUCCUAUAUUAAGAUAUGGAAUGAGAUUAAAACUUGAUACGACAAUGGCUGUUAUAGUGGCAACAGCAGUAUUGCACAAUAUAGCUAUAGAUAUGAAUGAUUUGCUUCCCGAAGAUUUAUUAUAUAAUGAAGAAAUGGACAAUAAUGAAGAUAUCUUACAACCUGUUGAAAAUAAUUUACAUAUGGGUCAUAAUAUUAGACAACUGUUAAUCAAUGAACAUUUUGCUUCUUUGUAA